AUGCAGGAAGUGAUUAAUGCCCUGCCUGGUGGCUACCCAGAAUCCAUUCAACCUCCUACUUCGAACCAACAGUCGUUGAGUCAGGCGGUGUACGCGAGAAGGUCCGAGUAUACAAGGCCGAGGGAUAUCAAGAUCAAGGUUGGCACUUGGAAUGCUGCGGCGUACAAGGGCGCUGAAAAGGAUAUCGCAUGGUUUAUCGAUGGCAAAGGAAUCGCAGAGGGACUGACUGAUCUCUCGGUCUCGGACAACACCGAGUCGCAAGAUGAUGCGAUAGCGGAACACAGAAGCUCACUGGACGAUCGCGAAGGCGUGGAAGACCAAGAAGCACGUUACGCGAGAAAGAAAACCACUUUGCCGCAGAACGACCCUGGAUUACUCCCCGGCGGCAACGAUAUUGGACUUUACCUCCUCGGGCUCCAGGAGAUUGUGGAUGUCAAUUCGGCUGCCGAGGCCCUUAGGCCAUACACGGAUUCUUCGGUGGCGCAGAAAUGGAAAUCCGAGAUGGAGGCGCAUCUUCCUAAAGGUUAUAAAUUUAUUGCAGAGCAACAGCUUAUAGGCAUGCUCUUGCUUAUCUAUGCCUCGGAAGACGUGGCUGCGGACAUCAAGUCGAUUAGCACUACCAGUGUUGGCACAGGCCUCAUGGGCUACAUGGGCAACAAAGGUGCUGUUACCGCUCGAAUCGUUCUUGGAGAAACCACUCGCCUUGUUUUUGUGAAUGCCCAUCUUGCUGCCGGUACAGACAAGGGUGCCGUUGAGCGCAGAAACUGGGACUAUGGACAAGUCAUGAGCCGCACCAAAUUCGAGCCCAUCACGGAUUCGAUGGGUCUUUCGCAAAACGUCGGUGAAGGGAUUGAUGACGCGGAUCUUGCCUUUUUUGUUGGAGACCUCAAUUACAGACUCGAGGGCAUUCCUGGCGAAGACGUUCGUCGCUUGUUGAUGCUUCAUACCCGCAACGAGUACGACUUGUCGAAGAAGCAGAGCAAAAAGGUUGACAAGGAGAUCGCACAAAAGCGAGCUUCUAUUGAAAGACGGAGGGAGAACAGGAUGUCGACUGACUCUGGAGUAUCCCAAGUUUCAACCGUCAGGUCCCGCGACGAUGAAAGCAGUAAACACACAGAAGUUUCUGACGACGAGGACGUGCUCGACCCGGCUAGUGACCCAGCGUCACUACAUACCACGCUAUCUUCUCUUCUGCCACAUGACGAGUUGCACCAACAACAAAAAGCGAGAAAGGCUUUCCAAGGCUGGCAAGAAGGACCAAUCACAUUCUUGCCAACUUACAAGUACGAUGCAGGAAGCGUUGGCGUCUUUGACUCCAGCGAAAAAAGACGUGCUCCCAGUUGGUGUGAUCGCAUUUUAUGGCGAACAAGACGCGACAUGUUAGCCUACGAAAGCACAAUCGCCGAAGAAGAGGACUCCAGAAAAAAGGACGAAGAGAUGAAGAACAGCGGCCUUGAUGAAGCAGGCAAGGACGAAGAAAUGCUAUACGACUACGAUCCGGACGAAGACGCUGAUGAAGCUGGUUCAUAUGAUGAUGCAUAUGAAGACGCUCCAGAGGGAACGGUCAUCACAAAAGAGGGCUUUGCUGACGAGAUCAAUCUGGAAGCAUAUGUGGCCCAUCAACGAGUCUUGUCGUCAGACCACAAGCCACUAGAUGCUGUAUUUUCGUUCAAGUACGACGCUGUGGUGCCAGAACUGAAGUCAAAAAUCCAUCAGGAAGUCGCACGAGAACUGGACAGAGCAGAGAACGAAGGCCGACCAAACGUAACAGUCGUGGUUGACCGUCCCCACUCCAGCGAACCAGGGAUACCAGACAGCGAUCCACUCAAGUUCGAAGGUGUAUGGUUCGGUCAAGUCAGAUACGCCAUGCACAAGCACCGCGGCCUCACCAUAGCAAACACGGGUCAAGUCCCCGCAACCGUCUACUUCAUUGAUCGACCCGUAGGACCUGGUCAAGAUCCAGGUCUAUGUCCUAGCUGGGUUUCUCUCCAAAUUGACGACGGCGCCGGAAAGCUAUCAACCAAUACAGGCAAACGCACACUCGAGCCCGGCCAGGCCUUCAACGUCGAGCUGGAAUUGAGGAUCCUAGACCUCGGUCUUGCACGUGCCUUCAACGAAGGCAUCAAAUCUCUCGAAGACAUACUCGUGCUUCGCGUCGAAAACGGACGCGAUCACUUUAUCCCUCUGCGCGGAACGUGGCUGGAAUCUUCUCUGGGCCACUCCAUCUCGAAACUCAUCCGCAUCCCUGAAGGUGGGAUUCGCAAGCUGCAAAGGCAGAAACCGGAUAGCGGCAAACACAAGAGUGGCAGUGUAUCUUCUGGCUCUGUGCUUAGUGACGACGAGGCUUUACCUGUAAGAUGGUCUGCGCCGCGUGAGCUGUUCAGGCUGACGGAGGUGAUAGAGGAAUUGAGUGUGCGCGUCACCGCCGAGUGGGACAUGUUGAAUGAUUCCAGCACUCCCCCUCCAUGGGAAACGUCUGCAGGCUGGCCUUUUGCGUCAGCGUCAUGGACAUUCCGCGAUCAAGUCCAGCGAGCAGAAGCGCUUGCUGACAUCGCAGAGGUAUUGGACACUGAUGUGUCUUUUGACACUGUGGUUUCCUCCACCCUCACACAUAUCCAGAAAUUGGAAUGUCUGGGCGAAUUUUUCGUGCUGUUUCUUCAAGCCAUUCCCGAUGGUGUUGUGACGCCAGCACUAUGGCAUACUCUGGAUGAAGGCCUCCGCAAACAAGAAAAACUAAAGACUUCCCAACAAGCCAGCUCCGAAGAUCUACGCACAUGGGCUCAAGAAAUCUUGUCCUCCUCACCUUGCCAUUCCAUCUCUUUCAUUCUGGUCACGAGUUUGCUGGAUCGCAUUUCGUCUGAAAUUAUGGCGACGAUUCAGCAUUCUCAUCCAGAAUUACUUGCCAAACCUCCCCCGGCGGAAUUUGUGUCAAGCAUUCCGACGCAUUUGAGGAAGAAGUUGCCGAAAGAAGGAAAGGAGGCUUGGAGGCUGGGUGUUAUCAGAGGAGUUGCAGGCGUGGUGGCGAGAUGUGUUGUUAAAGAUGAGGAAGGGGAGAGUGGGAAGGAAAAAGAGAGGCAAGCGACAGAGGAGAGGAAGGUUAGGUUCUUGGAGUUGUUUAUGGGAUGA